GUGGUGAUCGACCUGGGACAGGCGUUCACCAAGUGUGGCUUUGCAGGCGAAACAGGACCAAGAUGCAUCAUCCCUAGUGAAAUAAAGAAACAUGGUGUCUCAAAGCCUAUCAGAGUGGUUCAGUACAACAUUAACACAGAAGAGCUGUAUUCCUACCUGAAGGAGUUCAUCCACAUGCUGUAUUUCAGGCACCUGCUGGUGAAUCCCAGAGACCGUCGUGUUGUGAUCAUAGAGUCAGUGCUGUGCCCCUCACACUUCAGAGACACACUCACAAGAGUCCUCUUCAAGCAUUUUGAGGUACCUUCAGUUUUGUUUGCACCAAGUCACCUGAUGUCUCUCCUGACACUUGGGAUCAAUUCUGCCAUGGUGCUGGACUGUGGCUAUGCAGAAAGCUUGGUGCUGCCUAUUUAUGAGGGGAUUCCAAUCCUGAGCUGCUGGGGUUCUCUUCCCCUGGCAGGAAAGGCCAUCCACAAGGAACUGGAGUACCAGCUGUUGGAGCAGUGCACAGUUGAUACAGGACUAGCCAAAGGACAAAGCCUUCCAUCCGUGAUGGGCUCAGUUCCUGAAGACAUAGUAGAGGAUAUAAAAGUCCGUACUUGCUUUGUGAGUGAUCUCCAGCGUGGACUGAAAAUCCAAGCAGCCAAGUUCAACAUUGAUGGCAGUGCUGAGCGUCCUUCACCACCUCCUGACGUGGACUAUCCUUUAGAUGGGGAAAAGAUUCUCCAUGUAGUUGGCCCCAUCAGGGACUCUGUGGUGGAAAUACUGUUUGAGCAGGAUAAUGAAGAGACAUCUGUUGCCACUUUGAUCUUAGAUUCGCUUGUUCAGUGCCCAAUAGACACCAGGAAGCAGCUGGCAGAGAACCUGGUGGUCAUCGGGGGCACUGCUAUGCUGCCAGGAUUCCUCCACAGGCUCAUGGCAGAAAUCAGACACCUGGUAGAGAAACCCAAGUACAAAGAAGCACUUGCCACCAAAACGUUCAGAAUUCACACUCCACCUGCCAAACCCAACUGUGUGGCCUGGCUGGGAG